AGAGAGACAGAGUUGCUGCUCGUCUGGGCAGGCGACCGGCCUACCCAGGGAAGAGGAGGAGAUCAUCUGCAGGGAAGGCUAUUGGCAGACACCUGCUCACCACUCCCCUGCCUGCCUUGCUGCCGGGAAGAACACUCCUCUGGCCCCGCUCUGGACAAUCACCUACAAGAUGAAAACUCCACGCUGCCGUUACACGCUUUUGCCCAGUCUGCUGGAAGAAACCCUCUCUCUGGAACCUGUGAAUGCUGCUGAAGAGGAGAGCCAAGCCUGGGAAGAAAUAGAUGUUCCACCUUUUUUCACAGAAGAAAUCAAUGAGCCUGUGCUGAAUGGACAGAGCAAUAUCAUGCGCUUAGAAGAAAUGCAGAAGCUUGCCCCACACCUUCCUCUGAGAGUGACUGGACAUCCAUGGAACCUCAUCUACUGUACAGCAAGGGAUGGAUUUAGCCUGAAGUCGAUGUACCGAAGCAUGAGCGACUUAGCCUCACCUGUGCUGUUGGUUAUCAGAGAUACAGAUGACCAGGUGUUUGGGGCCUUUUCUUCUACAGCCAUCCAUGUCAGCAGCUGCUUCUAUGGCAAUGGAGAAACUUUUCUCUUCUCUUUCACUCCACAACUGAAGGUAUUUAAAUGGACUGGCAAAAACACCUUCUUCAUGAAAGGAGAUGCAGACUCACUAGCAAUGGGAGGAGGCAGUGGUAAAUUUGGAUUGUGGCUAGAUGGAGACCUGAACCAUGGAGGAAGCCAUCCCUGCGAGACAUUCAACAAUGAAGCACUGUCCACAAAAGAGGAGUUCCUCAUCAAAGACUUGGAAGUCUGGGCACUAGCUUAACCUCCUUUGAAAAAGAAACCAGUUGCCCUCCUGCUUGGACAUUGCAAGUGCCAUGGGAGCAGGCCAGUAGUCCUCCUGAAGCAGCUUCUCAGAUCUCCUUCAAAUGAGCAUAAAUCUGCUGUGGAUUUCCUGCUGUCUCCAUAACCUAGCGAUUUGCUCACAUUUUUCCACCCUGGCACUGUCUUUUCAUCAAAUCAGCUCUUUUGCUGUCCAUUGUUCCUAGAAAGCGGAACGAAGGAUUGCUUAUUACUUAAGCUUGUUCUUUGGGAUACUGUGCUCCCAGAAUAGGACUAAGCAGUGGUCUGCAAGGAAACUGGAAACAAAAGCCUUGCAAAUGGUCAAGUUAGGAAUUGUUAAGCUAGACUCAACACUGGCUACCCCUUACCAAGGAACGAGUCCCUAAUGGAUCCCUUCUACUCAUUGAUCUGACAUGUACCUACUGCAUAUCAAACUAGUGGCACCAUUAUAGUAAGCCUUUUACAAGCUUGCUAGGAGUAGAAUAUCAAGCAAUUACUUUAUACAGGCAUUAGAAAGUGGACACUGGAGCCAUUUUCAUAGGACUCCUCUCCAUAAUCUUUAUGUCUGUUGCUCAUGCCUUAGUCAUAGUUGCCAGAUAGUUGUCAGUGUCACCCCUUUGAUACUCAGCAGAUGUGUUGAAACUGGGCCCUGAAUAUCUUGGAACAAGCUAGUGCUACCGUGAGCCAUCUCUCUGAGCUGUUGCAUUUGCUCACAUCACCAAACCACCUUUUAGAGGCAUAAUUGUAUUCUUAAGAAUGAUAUUGUUUCCUGGAUGGAGCAUAGAUAUGUUUACCAUAAAGCCCAUCUUGGCAAUUUGAAUAGAGUUCUAUGGGUGCCAUUCAACUCCACUUCAGAAUGGAGUUUGCAUGGGUUAAAAAAUGGUUUCCCUGAUAAUCUAUAUAUUGGUGUAUCACAUGUACAAGGGAAGUUGCUUAGGCAGUAGCUGGUCUAUUUUUACUUACAUAUGAUCUUGCUAAGGCCUUUCCAAAUAAUUGUUCUUCAAUUGCACAAUAAAUAUGCAAGAAUAUGAGGAAAUUAAUAACCUUUCCUCAAUAAAAGCACUUAUUUUGUGGGAAAUUGCAUUUCCCUAGCACUUCACAAACAAUAUUGUGUUGCUGGAAAACAAAAUCAACAUCACUUUCUAGCUAAUGUGUGUUUUGUAAUGGUUGGACAGAUGCCUAUUGGCUAUUGCCCAUGUCAUCAUUAAGGACAAAAUAAACCCCACAUCCUGUUUUGUAUAUUUUAAUAUUUAAGUGCUUCUCACUGUACUAUCCUAGCAUGAGAGCACUCAUGCAGCUUUUUAAAAUAAAACACAAAUCAGGUUUUAAAAUAAGUGCAAAGCCAUAUACAGCAGCAAUGCUCGCUGUUUAGUGAACCUUCUCUUCACUUUUUACCUGGUUGUUUUAGGAUGAGUUCACAAAUGUGAGCUCAUAAUUGGAUGCUUACAUCACCAUAAUGAUGGCUUGCAUGUGUAUCCUUUCAAGAACAAUGCUUUUCAAUGGAGGCAGUUCACACAUUCUGCUGCAAUUAAUUAAUCCUAAGCAUUGUGCAUGUAUAUGUGAAUCAGUCUUCACUUUAAUCUGCAUCAGGUUUACUUUUUAAAACUUGGUUCUAAGGACUGUGCUCUUUCCAGUGGGGCAAACAUGUUCUCCCCAUGCAGUAUAGCCCCUUGCAUGGGAACAGGAUAUUGCAGUACUGGUGCAAAUUCAGGGUUGUCAUUAACACAGCCUUUUAAAAAUCCAUUUGUUUGCUUGGUGGAUGCUUGUUUUUUUCAUCUGGAGAAGCCCUUAGAGUCUCCUCUAGGUAUACCUACUUGAACAGUGUUUUGAAUUAUACUUGUGAGAUUUGGGGGUGUUUGAAGGGGGGAAAGUAUAAUAAACAGAACAAGCAUUGUUCAUAUUGUUCCACUAGAGGCUAGUCAGGCUGGGGUUUUCAACUGACUGCAUCAUACAUGUUUUUGAAAUAGUUAUAUUUUCUGUCCAGAGAAGCUAGAAUCACAUGAGAAUGAAACCCCAGUUUCUUAUUAGAAUAAAAUUGCCAAGUACAUAUUUUGUGCAAAUUGCCAUAACUAUGGAUUGGUUUCAGGAUGUGAAAUUGUUUGAUGCAAGCGACAGGUGAGGGGGGGGGGCGGAGUGGAGGAAAGAGAGAAAAAUGUAGUGUUUAGUAUUUUUCUAUUUAGUAAUCUUUUAUGCUGGUAAGUUUGUCCCAGUGGGGAUGCUGUAGAGAGUUUGGGGGUGGAGUCAGAAAGGAAAGGGGAGGGGAGGGAAAGGAGUAGGAGAAAAGAGUUGUUUCUGAAUAAGCUUUUAGUUCUAUCUACAUAAGAUUUGUGUUUAUGGAGGGAGGCAACUAUAAAAUAUUUGGCAACAAGAUUUUGAUCCAGAAAAGGGUGUGAGCUUGAAAAGCUUGUGAAUUUCAUUGCAUUACUGGGCCUAGGUUCCUGAACUGUUUUCUACUAUCGCUGCUGCUGAUAGUUUCUCCAGCUUCCUGACCUGCACAACCCCUGAAGUUACUUUUUCCUUGUCACUUCUGGACUCUGUUGUUCACUGGAUGCCCACUGCAGCAUGGAUCCCACCACCACCCUUUUUCUUGUCCAUCCCAGGAGAACCUGCUCUUCCCUGGAAGGGCAUAGCUAUAAUUGAGCAAGAGGGUUCAAAGAACACGGGCCCCCAGCUCCUGAGGGCCCUCCAACUCCACCCCUCCCUAUUUUCUUCACUAUCUCCCUCACUCUGGGGGUCCACCAGAGAGAGGGAUGAACAUGGGCCCCCUCUCCCCUAGCUACGCCCCUGGAGGUCCUAUUUCUGCAAUUACCUCCUCAACGCACAGACCCCUAAUUUUACUCCAGCAAAGCAGGAGGCUACAUUGCUUUACUGCCUGGGCCCUGAAAGCCAGAGAAUAUACAAUCAUUUGCCCUUUCCUGCCAACUUGGAGGGGGAUGCCAGUUCUUAUGAAGCUGCACUUCAAGCCUUAGAUGAUUAUUUCAACCGUACUUUGAAUGUGAUUGCUAAACAUUUCAAAUUCUAUUUUAGAUCCCAGCUACUGGUGAAUUUAUCAAUCAGUAUGUCACAGCAUUCUGUGCCUUAAGUUUGCCAAACUAUAAGUUUGCCAACUUUACUGAUGAACCGAUCAGGAUCAGAUUGUUAUGAAAACGCACUGCUCCAAACUGCGUGAAAAACUGCUAUUGGAGUGGAAACUUACCUUGGAUAAAGUUACAAAGAUGGCUAGGAGGGUGGAAAAUGCAGUGUGCCAAAUCACUCUCUUUAGUACCCCAUACCCAACCUCGUGAAAUCCAGGCUGUUCAGUCUAAAUCCUUCCAAAUCCAAUCUUCUCAUAUGGCUCUGCCCCAGAAUGUGGCUGCACACAAGAAAGGAGGAGCUACCAAUGCUACCGAUGGGGAGACUGCCUACAAAACCAAGUUUAUUCACUGUCCUGCACAGAAGGUCACUUGCAACAGGUGCAAAAAAGGGGACACUUUGCUAAGGUUUGCAAGUCUGCUGUCCACUCCAUUACUGAUUCACCAUAGGAUAAGGAUGAGGCAAAUGAAUUGCUUCCUGACAGUGUUUUAAGUGUGACAGAAUCAGAGCCUGCUUCUACACAUUGUCAAGUUAAACUUAAUGGCCAUGAAGUGAGGAUGAUGGCUGAUUCUGGUUCUCUUUACACUAUCAUUUCCUAUCUACUUUACAAGAAACUCCUUAUUGUGUCAGAUCCGCACUUGCAGCCUUCAGACACCCAUCCAUGGUGAUAUGGAGGUUCCCCUAUUGCCAUAAAUGGCUAUCCUGUAAUACAUACAUGUAGUGGCACUGUGGAAGAUAUGGCGAGGAGGCCCAGUGGUGUGAUCCACUUUUACCCUCUGCACAUGUAAACUUCUUUACACUGCUUAUAUCCAUGCAUUUAAAGGAUUCAUUCUAAGCCUCUCUAGCCUUAAACUUUAGUAACCUUGUACUCCUUUUUAUUGAAAACUGUAUAUUCACCUGCAUUCCUGUAUUCAUAUUCUGAGUUUAUAUUACUAUGCCAAUUAGUGCAGCUAGGCACAGAUAAGGUUUUCUUAAAACAUAUGUGUUAAUCACCCACCUGGGGCAGGGAGGAUGGGAAGAUGUACUUGGCUGCUGGCCAAGUGCAUUGGUCUCACACAGGCUACUUUAUAAGGGGGGGCCAACAGCCCCUUUCUUGGUGCUGUUUAUGAGAGUUGUAACAGUAUAAGAAAGACACACAGAUACCCCAGCUUCAGUGUAGAUCAAGAUAUGGGAAGGUGCUAUUCACCAGCUGGCGUUACAGGGGCCAUGUCCUUUUCAUUGUCAAGGGAUCUCCCCGAUGAAAAUGAUCGCGUCAGAUCAGGGACGUAUGUUUUAUCUUUUGUUCUGUAAUCCUCUUUAAAACAUUAUUCAACUUUGUCUAAUACAACCUCUUUGGCAUUUA